UGCACCAAACCAGAUGGUGAUGGAUGUGCACAGGACAGACUCAAUGACGGCAGUGUAGAACAGCAUCAACAACUCCUGUGGCAGACCAAACUUCCUUAACAUGAGUGCAUUCAACGAGGUCAAGGUGUUCGUCCGCAUCAGACCCACAGCCCAGUUUGCUCAUGAACUCAUCGAGUACUCACCUGAUGAACAGACGGUGAAUGUGCGUCUGAGUAAGAAAUCCAAGACAGCGGUGUUGAAUAAUCAGAUGAGCUCGUGGUGUUUCCGGCUCAGCGGAGUGCUACACAACUUAUCACAGGAAGAGUUCUAUCAACAGGUCGCACACAGUGUGGUGCUUGGAGCUCUGGAGGGUUACAAUGGCACGGUUAUGUGCUUUGGGCAGACUGGAGCUGGAAAGACCUUCACAAUGACCGGUGCCAGCGAGAGUUACAAACAACGAGGCAUCAUCCCACGUGCCAUACAGGACGUGUUCCAUGAGAUCGACACUCGUGUGGAUUACAGCUUCUCUGUGCACCUCUCCUUUCUGGAGAUUUACAAUGAGACUUUGGUGGACCUGCUGGCCUCAGUGAAAGGGGGACAGACGAAGCACUGUGGAACAUUGUCUGUGGUGGAAGAGCCAGAGGGUGCAGUUUCAGUAAAGGGCCUGUCCUUACAUCCAGUUCACAGCGAAGAGGAGGCACUAAACUUGCUAUUUGAGGGAGAGAUGAAUAAAAUAAUAGGAGCACAUGCCCUCAACAAGAACUCAUCCCGGUCACAUUGUAUCUUUACUAUUCACAUUGAGUCUCGCUCUCAUGCGCGGUCAAACGCAGCGUACGUCACUUCAAAACUUAAUUUAGUGGACCUUGCGGGUUCUGAGAGGCUGAGCAAAACUGGGUCUGAGGGUCAGGUGCAGAGAGAGACCCUGUACAUAAACAGAUCUCUGUCCUUCCUCGAGCAGGCCAUCUUGGCCUUGGCUGACCGGCGCAGGGAGCAUGUGCCCUUCAGACAAAGCAAGCUAACGCAUGCUCUUAAAGACUCUCUCGGUGGAAAUUGUAACACAGUGCUGGUGGCCAAUAUCUUCGGUGAGGCAGCACAGAUUGAAGAGACGCUCUCUACUCUCCGCUUUGCAGCAAGAAUGAAGUGUGUGCGCACAGAGCCAGCUGUCAACAAGCACAUCGACCCUGCUUUGCAGGUCCAAAGACUGCAAAAAGAAAUCCAAAUUCUGAAGCAGGAGCUUUUCCUUCAUAACACACUGGCAGAUAGGGCUGGUGUGAUGUAUGAGGACCUGUCGGAGGCACAGGUUGCACUGAUUAAAAGUGAGGUUCAGAGAUAUCUGGCCGGCACGCUGGAUGAGCUCAGGAUUGAGAGUGUUCAACAAAUCCAGGCAGUGUUUGCAGAGUUUAAAAAAGCUUUCCAGGAGCAGGAACAGCGACUUAAAGAGCAGACAAGUCAGAAACGUGUUGUGGUGGAGCAUACUCCAAGCACUUCUGAUGCUAAAAAGCCUGUAAAAGAGGUGGUAGGUCUGCCUGCAUCAUCACAUCAGCAGUCUGUGACACUUGGCAGAGGCAAAGGCAAGAAGGUCAAAGAGAGCAGCAGCAUUCCUCCAUCUAAGAUGGAAGCAUUUGAGGUCUACAAGUCAGAGGGGGGCAGUGAACUCAACCGCAUACUGAAGAAAAACAAGUCAGUGCUGAAAGAACGUCUGACUCAAGUGAACAACCUUACAGGGAACAUCAACUCCAUUAAAUGGGACAUCGACCACAUGAAAACUGAACUCCAGCUGUAUAAAGAACAGAGACAGGGCAAGUCGACGAGUGCAGUUGGAGAACCCGUGCUGGACGCAGCCGAGGUAAAUCUGCUCAUGAAACUCAGAGAGGCCAAGGAUCAGUACAGGCAGCACUAUACAGAACUGCUCAGCACCAAAGCAGAGGUGCAAUACUGCAGACAUCUUGUGGACCAGUGCCGCAUGCGCCUGUUCACUGAGAGCACCUCAUGGUCCUGCUUCCAGGAGGAACAGCAUGGGAUCAGACACAAACAAACCCAAACCACUUGCAACUGUCACCCCGAUAAGGCGAUAGCAUGACCACUACACAUCUUUCCUUCUUC